UGCGCCCAGGUGAGAAUAUCUGGCAUGUUUUGUAGAUUCCGUGGGCGGGAUGUAGUAGUGUUUGUGUGUAUAUGCUACCUACUCUGGCUCUUGUACGGCGCUUCCCAAGCAAUGAGUGUGCUAAGGUGAUGGUCAUGGUAUUGCCCUUUUCCUUGAAUUCAUAUAAUCCAAAUGUCAGAACUGAACGCACAAAGUUUUUAUUAUUGUCCCAGCAAAUGGUUAUGCAGUGAGGCAUCAUGUUAUCUGGAGUUGAGUGUUGUGGGUGUAGAUGCUUUAUGUGAAGAAUUCUUUUGGAAUCCUAAGUGAAAAGCUAUUUAGUUUGAUUAAAUUUAAUAAAAGAGAUGGCAUAUGAUAGUCCAUCUGAAAUUCCAAAGUGAAGAGUCAGCAACCAGAGAUGCGCAUCAAGAUGGGAAGUACACACACUCGGCAUUCUACUUCAUAAGACUGAAAGUAUUAUUUAAUUAACCUUAAGGACGAGCACAAAUCAUAUAAACUACAACAAUAAAGUAUAUACAAAAAAAAAGAUAAAAGAACUAAUCUAAGGGUGCCCCGACAGCUAUUGAAUUCCAUUCCCCCCAGUGCCUUUCACCGUAUUCUAUUUGGAACUAAAUUAGAUGAAGAAAAUAUACAAUAUAAAAUAUCCCGAAAAUCGCAGAAAAUAUAAAAUCAAACGAUGAUUACUAUUCCCAUAAAUCAAAUUUGUGAAUAGUCAACCUUAUUUCCAAUUACUUAGAAACAAAUCGUUCCCUCGCUAUCGUAAACAGUGAUAGUGAUGUUCAGAGAAGUUGCAGAGCUGCAUUGUGAGAUUCAAUUAAUUUGACCGGACAGGAUAUACCUAAAUCAAGGUAAACCUAUCUGAAUUCUCAAUUUUUGAGAUUUAGGAAACAAAGAGAAGUAACAAGCGCGCAAAUACAAGCAAUGCCAUUUUGGAAGUGUUUCCCAUGUUUACAUUAUCCGACUGAUGAGAAUAUUACAGAAUUAGAUUAUUCUAACGGUACAUUAACGAAUGUACCACCAGAUGUAUCGCAAUUUGAACGGACACUUGAAAAAUUGUACUUAUCAUCGAAUCGGAUUGCAGAUUUACCACCCGAAUUGUUUUAUUGUCAAGGAUUGCGUGUUCUAAAAAUAAACGACAAUGAACUUGAAACAAUACCGAAUGCAAUAGGAUCACUACGACAAUUACAAAUACUCGAUUUGAGUCGAAAUGCACUAACAAAUGUUCCGGAUAACAUAAAAUCAUGUAAAUACAUAACACAUUUGGAUUUAAGUUUAAAUAAUCUCCAACGUCUGCCUGAUGCUAUUACCAAUCUGAUAACAUUACAAGAACUUUUUCUGAAUGAAACAUAUCUGGAAUUUCUACCGGCGAAUUUCGGUCGUUUAGUUAACUUAAAAAUCUUAGAAUUACGAUCAAAUAACUUAAUAACGUUGCCAAAGUCGAUGUCACGACUAACAGAAUUGACAAGGAUAGAUAUUGGUGCUAAUGAAUUCACAGAACUGCCUGAGGUGAUAGGCCAAUUGACUAAAUUGCAAGAAUUAUGGAUUGACUACAAUCGUAUCCGUCGCGUUCCUCCGAAUAUAUCUAAUCUACGUGAACUCGUACAUUUCGAAGCUAAUAGUAAUCAACUGACAAAUUUUCCAAAUGAGAUAAGCAACUGGCGAAAUUUAGAAGUUCUAUCGCUCUCUACAAAUGAUCUUGAAACUUUGCCUUUUAGUAUAGGAAUGCUAAAGCGAUUAGUUACUAUUAAAUGUGAUUCAAAUCAGCUGAAGGAGCUACCAGAUUCGAUAUGUCACUUAGAGCAACUAGAAGAACUUUUCAUUGAUCAUAAUUUCAUUGUGCGAUUGCCAAGUACCAUUGGUCUUUUACGGAAAAUGAGAUUUCUCAUAGCAGAUGAAAACCUUCUCCGUCGAUUGCCUAACGAAAUUUCAAGCUGUACGAAUCUCACUGUUCUGAGCUUGCGUGGUAAUAAACUAACAGAAUUACCUCACGAUAUUGGUCAUUUGAAAAAUCUGAAAGUUAUCAAUGCUGUUGAUAAUUUAAUAACAAACUUGCCGGUUUCUGUACUGAAUUUAACGAACUUGUCAGCACUUUGGAUUAGCGAUAAUCAGUCUCAGCCAUUAGUUCCCUUGCAAUAUGCCGAUAACGCGACAAAGUCUGAACUAACAUGUUUUAUGCUGCCACAAUUCCGGGAACAUCCUGUUGUGGGCAAUGAAAACUCUGAUCAAAACGUAAUUAUGCCCAGCAAUAUUGAAUGGUAUCAAGAGAAUGAAAUGAAUAGUACAAGUCCAUCUAAAAGAAUAUGCUUUGCGGACGAAACCAAUGAAAAACCAGGUGAUACCAUGACAACGCGUUUGCUUAGGUCGCCAACGCCAUAUCCAAAAGAGUUGCGGCAAAUGGCAAAGUUCGCAACUAGGAACUUCACCCAAAAUGUCAGCUUCCAGCCAACUUUAUUAGAGGAAAACCAAUAUAUUACUGCUGAAGCGCGGAGCAAACAUGAGCAACAGCAGUUAUCUUCUAAACCACCAUCACCAUCUUGCGUAAAUAAUCAUCAUAUAAAGGAAGCAAAGGUUCUGCAUAAUUCCAAAUUAAUCUCGGAUCAGGAACAAACACUAAAUCGAUAUCAUCCUCAACGGUCACACCAUCAACUGCAGCAUAGUAACGCCAACCCUCCACUACCAAUGCAAUCUCGUUCACCUGGUGGAGCAAGUUGUGAUAAUCUAGCAAAUGUACAAUGCUAUCCAAUCAGUGCAAGUACUCCCUUAAAUAGUAGCGAAGUUGAACAAUAUUAUGCCAAUCAUUCAGUGUCGGUCGUUGACUCCACUAGUAUUGAUCCACAUCAGUCCCAGCCAUAUACGCAUUAUAGUAACUACUACGAACCUUUAAAUAUUCCGGCUUCAGCCCGUAAUGAUUAUACCGACGCUAAAUUGUACAGUAUUGUGAACAAAGAGACCAACAUGAACACUAGUAAUCCGCCAUCAGUAUGGAGUCAAACCCCUCCGCCAUCUUUACAUCAAGAAUCAGUAUCCCAGCCAUACUAUCACCAUCAGAAUUACAGACAACCUGCACCGCAAGAACAACAUAGCAACUAUAAUUCCUACUCACAAUAUCAACAGCGACGCCAGGAGCCACCACCUUAUCAUAUUGCCAAAGCUUAUACGAAGAAGUCACGUCAGGACCUACUUACAUAUGAUUCAGUUCGCAACAGAAACAACUCAAUUGAGUUCCUUAAUCAUAUAAAUAGUCACGAUGAUAAUUCAGAGUAUGAUCUACAUCUCGCGCAACCAGCAUCACCAACAAACCUCCAAGAAUGCAACAACGGUGAAGAAACGGAUUUAUCUAUUCCAAACAAUAACAAUCACGUUAAUGGGACAUUCAGUAUUGAUAACAAUAAUAGUAAUCAUUCAUUAAUCAAUGAAAAUGGCAAUGGGAUAAGUGGACGAGGGGAAGAUGAGGUCGAUCAUCCAUACCACCAUCAAUCUCAAGAGCUGGCCCUUAUCCAGAACCGUCAAAGGGACUUUAAAAACGAACAAAACAAUGAAGAUCAGCUGGAGGUGGGCUACGAUUCAUCAACUAGUCCGGGGAAGCAUGAGCAGGCUUAUCUUCUGAAGCAAAAAUCGUCACCUUGGCUAUUUGGGCUACAUCGUAAUCCAACUGUGAAACAAGUUACACUUAAAAAGGACCCAACACUAGGAUUUGAAAUUAAGGAGGUGGCUAAUCGGGGUAUAUUCGUCAGUGUCACCACACCUAAUACACCAGCAAAUGAAUUAUUAAGGAUCAAUGACAAAAUUCUGGAUGUGGAUGGAAUCGACUUUUCAAAAAUUAAUCAUUGUGACGCACAAAAAGUCCUGAUUGAUUCAGGACCAAUUCUCAAUAUCAUGAUAUCGAGGACAUAACACAGUUUUUCGUAGUAAACCCUGAGCAAUAAGCAUGGCAGGCACAGACGGAUCGCAAUUUUCUCAUCAACAUUCCCCAAGGAGAUAACUCGCAAAUGAUAAAACGCCAUUGACAUAAUUUUCAGGGCUACUUCGUAGUAGGUUGUAAACUAAUAACAAAUCCCGAAGUAAUGGCGGAUGAUUGGGCUGAUUACAUUCCACAAAAAGCAUAUUUAAUAGUGCUUCUUACAUGAGAAAAUGAAAAAAUGUUGAAUUGCUGCUACUUUACAAGGAUUCUACGGUCGGAUGUCUUCAGAAUGCGAAAACUCUUUAUGAGGCUUCAGCAUGAAUUUCAUUUUUAACAUUAAGGAUACGAAAUCGACAUUUUCUCCAUUCUGAACGUCCAAAAUUAUUGAACGGAAGUGCCACGAAAACAAAAAAGAAAUUCAAACACUUUAUUAUUAGUUUUCUUGUCACAUACCAAAUUCACAGAAAAAUGUAUUGAAAUGGAAAAUUAAUAUUCUUCUGUUUAUAUGUUAAUAAAUAUAAAAGAAAAAAAAA